UCCAAAAUAAUACAAUUUCUUUCCCUCUAUUAAUAUUGUUUAACUCGCCGAUUUAUCUUUCCUUCUCUUUCUUCACUCUUUCUCUUAUCUACAGAAACAUUGUAGCUAAGGAUAGAAACAAGGAAUGAACAGUCCUGCAAGCCUUAAGCCAGAUUCUGACGAGUUUGUUGAAAUUGAUCCUACUGGGAGAUAUGGAAGAUACAAUGAAAUUCUUGGAAAAGGAGCUUCAAAGACAGUUUAUAAAGCCUUUGAUGAGUAUGAAGGAAUUGAGGUGGCUUGGAAUCAGGUGAAGCUCUAUGAUUUCCUCCAAAGUCCUGAAGAUCUUGAGAGGCUCUACUGUGAAAUUCAUCUGUUGAAGACCUUGAAACAUGAGAAUAUCAUGAAAUUCUACACUUCUUGGGUUGAUGCAGCUAACAGAAACAUCAACUUUGUCACUGAGAUGUUCACCUCUGGUACUCUCAGACAGUAUAGGUUAAAACACAAGAGAGUAAAUAUUAGAGCUGUGAAGCAUUGGUGUAGGCAGAUAUUGAAGGGGCUUCUCUAUCUCCAUAGCCAUAACCCUCCUAUAAUCCACAGAGAUCUCAAGUGUGAUAACAUUUUUGUUAAUGGCAACCAAGGAGAAGUCAAGAUUGGUGAUCUUGGGCUCGCCGCAAUUCUUAAAAAGUCCUAUGCUGCUCGUUGCGUUGGAACGCCAGAGUUCAUGGCUCCGGAGGUGUAUGAAGAGGAAUACAAUGAAUUAGUUGACAUAUAUUCCUUUGGGAUGUGUGUUUUGGAGAUGGUUACCUUCGAGUAUCCAUAUAGUGAAUGCAACCAUCCUGCUCAGAUAUACAAGAAAGUUAUAUCUGGGAAAAGACCAGAUGCUUUGUACAAAAUAAAGGACCCUGAGGUGCGACAAUUUGUUGACAAAUGUCUAGCAACCGUGUCAAGCAGACUCUCUGCCAGAGAACUUCUGGAGGACCCUUUUCUCCAAAUUGAUGAUUAUGGAUAUGAUUUGAGGUACUUAGAUUACCAGGGUGAUUCAAAUAAAACAGUUGCUCUAGUAAGACAACCUUACUAUGGAAUUAAUCACACUAACAACUCUUUGACUAAUGGUUAUGCCCAUUAUCUUGGUUAUGAUCCUGAGAAUGAACUGGAAUACCAUAAUGUUGAAUAUGAACCAAGUGACAUUGAUCUCUUCUCUUGUCAAGAAGAUGAACAUCUUGAAAAUGUUACUACAAUCAAAGGUAGAAGGAGAGAGGAUGACGGCAUCUUCUUAAGGCUCAGAAUUGCAGAUGAAGAAGGUCGCAUUCGAAACAUCUACUUCCCAUUUGACAUUGAGGUUGACACUGCUCUUAGUGUUGCAGCUGAGAUGGCUUCUGAGCUUGAUAUUACUGACCAAGAUGUAUUGAAGAUAGCAGAUAUGAUUGAUGGUGAAAUUACAAGCUUGGUACCUGAAUGGAAAAGGAGACAGGAGAAAGAGGAAACUCAACAGUGUACAAAUGCGAAUUUCUGUCAAAAUUGCGCUUCUCACAGUUACAUGUUGGAUUAUGUGUCAUCAAAUAUUCCAGGAGCCAAGAACUUGCAGGUUCUUCAGUGUUCUAAGCAUGGAUGUGCCAAUGUACAUGGCCGAUUUGAGGAGAUCACAUACCAAGUAGAAGGGCCAGAAAAAUGUUCCAGCACUGACUGUGCUCCAGUGGAGUCGAGCCAAUCCAAUGGCAUAAAUUAUACGGAUAUCUGGGCCCAGCGAGAUGCACCGGAAUCAAGUUCAGAAGGAUCAAGAGAGAUUCAUUGCGAUGAUGAGGGAAAUGAUGCAGUGGACCAAUUACUCCUUGAAAAGGAAGAGACGGUCAUAAAUAUGGGUAGCAUUUGUGAAUCCAAUAGAACAAUUUGUAUCUCUUCAAGCUCUUCGGCAGCUUAUGCUCACUGGGAUGAUUAUGAGAAUGAAAUUAGGAAAGAACUGAGAUGGCUUAAAGCAAAAUAUCAGAUGCAGUUAAGGGACCUGAGAGACCAACAAUUGAGAGUCAAGGACGACCAGGAUCAUAAAAUACAUAAUGGAGUUCAUGUGCCUUCUACUUUGGCUAAAGUAAAGAGAGAGAAAUAUAAGCCUUCCCUGAAAUCUCUUCCCUCGGAGAGGCAUCUUAGUUCAACUUUUCUUACGGAUGCUGAGAAGAGAUGUGCCAACUCAGAAUACCAACUAGUCCAAAGUUUUGAGGCGAUCAACAGGGAACACAGCCCUGAGCAAACGGUGACUGCUAAGAGUUUCUACGCAGGAGAUUUACUUCCAUAUCCUCUUCACAGGGCAACCUCCCUUCCAGUUGAUGCUCUUGAUGUUUAAUGCUGCGCAGUUUUCUACCCACUUCACCAAUUGUGCACCAUCAAGAUAUAUCAUCAAAUAGAGAUUUGCUUCUCUCUAUUGACAAGGAAACAAGGAAAAAAAGAGGCGAUGAAAUUAGCUGUACAUGCAGAGAUGUAAAAUUUACAGCUUUUACGGUCUUUAUCUACAUGGGAUAUGUUCACUUGGGUAAACAUCAAAUGUACAUUACAAAUUAACAUCCAAAUGAACAAGUUUCCUCAAUUUUCUGA